AGGAUCGCGUGAGCCUGCCUCGUGCUUCAACCAGAAAUCGUGUCUCAGCAACUGCGUACAGGCAAGCUGGAGCAGGACCGCAUCCGGUCACAAGACCUUUCUACAGAGCGCAAUUAUGCUUAGAAGCAGGACGACGGGCCUGUGGGUCGUUGCUGUUGCCAUACAAGGGAUGAUGCUCAUGGCGUCAGCUCAGCAGCCCCGGGCAGGCGCAGUGUACAUCAUAGAAGCAGCUAAUGCCACCUUCCUUGACGCCAACACCCUGGUCUUGAACGGAGCUUCUGGCAGCACAGCUUUCAAGGUGGACUACCCUUACAGCGAUGCCGGGGUCAUGGACACAGGUAUGCUGCUGCAGGAUCCUGUGUACUCCCCACAGGGAGUCUGGCUGGGCAGCCCCAUGGGCACCAUCUUUGGCACUGCCGCCAACGGCAAUGCCACUGCAGUCAUCCUCCUCAUCAACGCUGUGCCAGUCUUUGACGCGGCGGCGGGCACGCUGACAUUCAACAUCACCAUUGUGUCAGACCCCAAGUACAUCAAGUUCCCUGACGGCAUCGCGCGCCUCACCUAUGCAAAGGCCGUCACGCCCAGCGCCUACGCCCGGCCCCUGGUGGUGACAGCCCAGGUCAGCAACAGCGCGCUGCUGACAAGCGUGGCUCUGUUCCUGGAUGUUGACCAGACCACCAUCAACCCGGCCUCCGCGCCCACAGGGAUCACAAACAACAACAACAAUGGCGGCGGCUUCACAAAUAACAACAACAACGGCGGCGGCGGUAUAACGAACAACAACGGCGGUGGCUUUACAAACAACAACAACAACAGCGGCUACACAAACAACAACAACAAUGGAGGAGGCUCUACAAUCACAAACAACAAUGGCGCUGGCUUCACAAACAACAACAACAACGGAGGAGCGGCGAUCACAAACAACGGGGUGUCCAGCGGGGUGCCAGGCACAAUCACUAACAACAACAACAAUGGCGGAUCUAGUGUUGUCCCGGCGGCGCCCGGCCAGACCCCUGUUCCUGGCACCUACAAUGUGGUCACCACAACAACAGACUGUAAUGGUCACGUGGAUGUGCAGUAUUCUUAUGUGCCGGGGCUGCGCGGAAUCUCCAGGAAUAACAACAACAACUGCGGAUGAGGGUUUGGAAUAACAACAACAACUGCGGCUGAGGGUGUAAUGGGUGACAAGAAUGAACGGAGAGAGAUGAAGAUGCAACGAGGGCAAGAAUGAGCUUGUAUUGUCAAGGCUGUAACACAUGGACGAAUCCUGUUCUGAUGAGUCAGGAAAGGUUAUCUCUUUGAGCUGAUACUGUGCUUGCAAAGCUUGGAAGAAAUGUUGAGGCAGCGAUCUUGUAUUUCAUUGAUUGUACUUUUUGUUUCAGAAGGCAUUUUGUAGAAUGCUGGACAAGCAAUGAUCUUUGUAGUGUACUGUGCAUGCAUGUCCCUACAUGGAGGCUCUAAAGACUGCCAGACCCCACCAAAAUAUUAGGUUGACAUGUGUCCUUACUCAGGCAAUGCAUUUCUCUUUUGGCAGUGUCAUUUCAAGACUUGUAACAGAAGUAGCUCAAGACCAC